AGCCAUGCCGGAGUUGUCUUCUAAAGGAGCCACCAUUUCUAAGAAAGGCUUCAAGAAGGCGGUUGUGAAAACACAGAAGAAGGAGGGCAAGAAGCGGAAGAGGACCCGCAAGGAGAGCUAUUCUAUUUACAUCUACAAGGUGCUGAAGCAGGUCCAUCCGGACACUGGCAUAUCUUCCAAAGCCAUGAGUAUUAUGAAUUCCUUCGUCACUGACAUCUUUGAGCGUAUAGCGAGCGAGGCAUCACGCUUAGCUCACUACAACAAGCGCUCCACCAUUACUUCCAGAGAGAUUCAGACAGCAGUGCGUCUGCUGCUGCCGGGAGAGCUGGCUAAGCAUGCCGUGUCUGAGGGCACUAAGGCUGUCACUAAGUACACCAGCUCCAAAUAAGUCUGCCUAGUAAACGGAACCCAAAGGCUCUUUUCAGAGCCACUCAAAUACACU